GAAGUAUGGGACGAAGAAGUUCUCCCUUUCUUUUUCUCCUCCCAAAAUGUCGGUGUUCGGACCGGUUGUGAAGGUUCAUCCCGUCGUUAUCGCCUCCAUUUGUGACUCGUACGAGCGACGAAAUGAGGGAGCGAGUCGCGUGAUUGGUACUUUAUUAGGUACCAUUGACAAGCACUCGAUAGAGGUGACCAACUGCUUCUCUGUGCCCCACAAUGAGUCUGAAGACGAGGUCGCCGUGGACAUGGAGUUUGCCAAGAGUAUGUACGAACUUCACAAGCGGGUGUCGCCCACUGAGGUCAUCAUCGGCUGGUAUGCCACGGGCUUCGACAUCACUGAGCACUCUGUGCUCAUCCACGAGUAUUACAGCCGCGAGGCCACCAACCCCAUCCACCUGACAGCUGACACAGCUCUGCAGAGCAGCAAGAUGAACAUCCGCGCUUACGUCAGUGCGCAAAUGGGUGUGCCAGGGAAGACGGUUGGUGUGAUGUUUACUCCACUCACAGUCAAAUACGUGUACUACGACACGGAGAGGAUAGGCGUGGACCUUCUGCAGAGGACACGUCUCAUUACCGGUCGCACCAAGGGACUGACGUCCGAUCUCUCCCAGGUGGUUGGCUCGGCCGCCCGCGUCCAGGACAUGCUGACCACCGUGCUGGCGUACAUCGAGGAUGUGCUGUCGGGCAAGGUGACAGCGGACAACAGCGUGGGCCGCUUCUUGAUGGACCUGGUCAACAAGGUGCCCACCAUCUCGGCAGAGGACUUUGAGAAUAUGAUCAACUCCAACAUCAACGACCUUCUGAUGGUGACCUACCUGUCCAACCUCACCCAAGCACAGAUUGCCCUUAAUGAGAAGCUGGUGCUGCUCUGAGGCACUAUUUAAGUUUUGUGUACAAGUUUUCCUUUUCUCAAAUGAAUUAAAGCAAAAUUUGCCCCCGAA